AUGGAGGCCCCGUGCGCCUGCAGCUUCACCUCCAGCAGGCCGCCGCCUCGCGCCGUCCCCGUCUUCGCUCAUCCUCAAGCGUGGCCACGCCUGAAGACCGUUGUCCCCGCCCCCGCUUCUCCUACCCCGACCGGCUCCUCCACCGGACUCCGUCGAGCCUCGUCGCCCCCGACCCGAGCCGCCACGACAUCGCCGGAUCACUUCUCCGGCCUCGCCCUCACCGGACCAUCUCGACCCACACUGCCUAACCCCUACCGCCCCUGUGAGCUCCCCCUCUCUUCUCUCCCCUGCGCGCCCUGCCUCUCCCCCGCGCUCGGCUCCGCCGUCGCCCGCGGACAGCCUCACCCGUCCAACACCGCGGUGCCCCGCCCGCGCGUCUCGCUCCGGCACCCCGCCUCCGGCCUCCUUUCCACGCCCGCGCGCGCCCGGGGCAUGCCUUGCCCUGGCUCAGCUCAGCUUCUGCUCGCCGCCAAGAUGCGCUCGCGCGCGAACCACGUCGCCCCGCCGCGCGCGCCCCGCCUCUGCCGGCCGCCGCCGCUGCCCGAUGCUCCACCCUGCCGCUGGCCUCCUGCAGCCACCGCCGCCGCCCGCGACUUCCGUCGCCGUCCACCGCUGCUGGCCGGCGACCAGGUCUAG